UUGGAUGCUCAGUGACGCGCGGUCCCGCGUGUGUGGCUUACAUAGGAUAGUGUGAGUGUGGUUCCCCUACUGGGGGAGAUCUGGUCGAUAUGACCGACCAUGGACUAGGGUUCCUGGUGAUACUAAUAGGCUUGUGGGGAUGUGUCAGCGGGCAAUUCGUCAGCAGUUACACUGCAGAGAACAGAACAGGACUAUAUGGAAGAAACUAUGACAGAGAACGAGCACGAUACUACAACGCCCAUAAUCGGGGUGGUUCGAGGGUGCCCCCUGGCUAUUAUAGAAGCUCGGAUGCAGAUUCCAUAAAUCCUCAAGAACAUCCAACGUACGAAACUAGGGAGGAAUACCAAAGAGGAGAUCAAGACCCCAUCGAGUCCGAGAACAUCAACUCAUCUCUUAAUGGAUAUGAAUCAUCCAGAGGUGGAUACGAGUCAUCUGAGAGAAGGGAAACGCCUCAAAGAGGAUAUGGAGAAUCUGGAGAUGUCGAUACAAGAUAUGAUUCAUCCAGUAGUAGUUCCACUCUUUUUUACAAUUCCAGGGAAAAUGGAAGGGAGUAUUCUACAAAUUCACCAAAUUUGUCACAGGGUUCUGGGCAGUCAUCGUAUGGCUAUGAGUCUAGCGGUGGACAAUCUGGAUCAGCAUCAUUGGAUGGCCAAUACGGCGGCCAAUCUGGAUCAUCAUCAAACGAUGAACAGUCUAGAUCAUCAUCAUACGGCGGUCAAUCUGGAUCGCCGUCAUAUCGCGGUCAAUCCGGAUCGGCGUCAUACAACGGUCAAUCUGGAUCGGGGUCAUACAGCGGUCAAUCUGGAUCAGCUGCGUAUAGUGGCCAGUCUGGAUCAUCGUCUUACGGUAGUCAAUCUGGUAGUCAAUCAGCCUCAUAUGGCAGUCAGUCUGGAUCAUAUGGAAGUCAAUCAGGCCAAUCGUCCGGCCCCUAUGGCUCAUAUGACAGUAGUCCUUAUCAAAACCGCAGGCCCUACGCUAGUAGUUAUGAUAUAGUCGAAGCACCCGGAAGCGCUUAUGGUAUAAGAAAUGGUAGCGAUAAGUGCAUACCGAAAUGUUUUGCUGAAAAAGGAAAUCGCGGCUUCCCUGGUAUACCUGGUAUACCCGGAGAUAAGGGACACCGUGGUUUUCCCGGCGAGGAAGGUUUAGCGGGGGAAAAAGGAGCAAAAGGGGAACAAGGCCCGAUGGGACCGCGUGGCCCAAAAGGUGAAAGAGGAAGAACCGGUGUUCCGGGAUUUCCUGGUAUCAACGGCAUUCCUGGCAUUCAAGGGCCAUCGGGGCCUCCUGGUAUACCAGGCUUGGACGGUUGUAACGGCACUGAUGGUCUUCCUGGAAUCGAUGGUCUGCCAGGAGAACCGGGACCAAGAGGUUACCCUGGUACAUUUGGAAUUAAGGGACAAAAGGGAGAAGCAGCCCACUGCGAAAGCUAUUUGAAAGGUCAAAAGGGAGAGCCUGGAAGAGAUGGAGUCACUGGUCCAGCUGGUCAUCCUGGACCUCUUGGUCCACCAGGCCCAUCUGGUCCGCAAGGAUCGCCAGGAGAUGUGGGUCCGCGAGGCCCACCUGGUUCUAAAGGUCUGAAAGGGUCUAUGGGGGUCGGAUUUUACGGAGCAAAAGGUGAGAAAGGAGUACCGGGUCCUCGAGGAGCACCGGGGGAACCGGCGUGUGGUGAAAAAAAAAGCAAUGGUGGGCAUAUUGGACCAAGGGGAGAACAGGGAAUGAAAGGAGACAGAGGUGAAUUUGGAUUACCAGGACAAAAGGGGGAACCUGGACCCGAUGGAGAUUAUGGAAUACCUGGUGGUGUCGGCAUGAAAGGAGAAAAGGGUUUACCAGGAGCGCCUGGACCUAGGGGAAGAGAUGGUUUUGCUGGACCACCUGGACCCCCCGGGCAAAAAGGGGAUAGAGGUCUGGAAGGUCUUCCAGGGUUAGCAGGAAGGCCAGGUUUAAAAGGAGAACCUGGUAGAGACGGUCCUCCGGGUUUAGUAGGAUUGACAGGCCCUCCUGGGCCACCAGGAGGUGGAAAAGGCUUUCCUGGGGCGCCUGGUCCGCAAGGCCCUCGCGGUUAUCCUGGACCAAUGGGACCAAAAGGCAUGGAUGGUUUCCCAGGAGAUCCCGGACCCAGAGGUCCAGUUGGACCAUCGGGAGGGCCUGGGCUUCCCGGAACACCCGGACCGGAAGGAGUUCCGGGAGAAAAAGGACAGAAGGGAGAAUCUGGUUCGAUAGGAUUCCCUGGAAGUGAUGGAGCAAGAGGUUUUCCUGGACCCGUUGGCCCUCAAGGCGCACCAGGAUUACCAGGAGAAAAAGGAUUAUCUAUAAUGGGACCUAAAGGAGAGGAUGGGGAUUCGGGAAGAGAUGGAGAAAAGGGUCAAAAAGGAGAAAAAGGCUUUUCUGGCCCUCGAGGAGCACCUGGAGAUGCAUUAAAUGGAAUACCUGGUUUUACUGGACCAUCUGGACCUCAGGGAGAAAAGGGUAACGCUGGUCGACCAGGCAUCCCCGGAAGCUCGGGCAGACCAGGAGAAAAAGGAGACAUUGGUGGUAGAUGCAUCGACUGCCUCCCUGGCGUAAAAGGAGAUAAAGGUGAUAGAGGAUUCGAUGGAAGAGACGGAGACAUUGGACCAAGAGGACCCCCUGGUUCCCCAGGAUUUAGGGGACUUUCAGGUCAAGACGGGGUACCUGGAAGAGACGGACCACCAGGCAAACCAGGUCGCGAUGGAAAUGACGGUCUUCCGGGAUUAUCGGGAGCCCCAGGAAAGGAUGCAGUCAUACCUGAGAGUCUAAAAAGACCUCUGAAGGGUGAGCCAGGAGCAAGGGGCGAUGUAGGGCCACCAGGUCCAUCAGGACUCCCAGGACCAAUAGGACCCAAAGGCGAAAUUGGACUAACAGGUUUACCAGGACCUAAAGGGGACAAAGGUUACACUGGCUUCCCAGGAUUGGACGGCAGGUCUGGUGAACCAGGUAUACCGGGAGCGAAAGGUGAAAAGGGAAUAAGUAUUAAAGGAGACAUCGGAGAGAUGGGUUUGAAAGGAGACAAAGGGGAAGUAGGAGUAUCUGGGUAUCCGGGACGUAAAGGUGAACCGGGAAGAUGUCCAUUAGAUACAAUAUAUCCUCCACAGAAAGGAAGUAAAGGAUUGAAAGGUGACAAGGGUAUAGCCGGAUUCCCGGGAAGAGAUGGUGAACCUGGUUUCAAAGGAGACACAGGUAGCCCUGGUUUCCCCGGCCCUAAAGGUGAAUUGGGACCUCCAGGACCAGUAGGAAAAAGAGGUCUACCAGGUCCUAGAGGGGAUAAGGGAGAAGUCGGUCCAAUGGGUUUCCCAGGUGAACCGGGAAGAGACGGUGCUUCCGGCCUACCUGGAUUAAGAGGAUUGCAAGGGCAGAAAGGUGAAGCGGGUAUUCCUGGAAUAGGACCUCCAGGUCCUCCAGGACCAAUCGGUAUAAAGGGAGAAAAAGGACUUCCAGGAUUCCCAGGAAAAACAGGACCUCCUGGCAAUGACGGAUUUCCUGGAAUAAUGGGAGAGAAAGGAGAUAUUGGAAAUUCAGGCCUUAAUGGUUUGACUGGCCCUCCAGGAGAAAAGGGAGAGCCUGGUCCACUUGGACCUCCGGGAAUUGAUGGUAUACCUGGAAGGCCUGGACCAGAAGGUGCUAAAGGAGAACCGGGUCUAAAGGGAGAAAUUGGAAGAUCAGGAUUGCCAGGCUUCCCGGGCCCGAAGGGAGAAUAUGGUAUACCAGGAGGUCAAGGACCUAAAGGAUUCAAAGGCAGUCUAGGGCGUCCUGGAGCACCAGGUGCUCCCGGAAUGGAUGGAAUUCCAGGUCUGAUCGGAGAAAAGGGUGAAAGAGGCUAUCCAGGACCUAUAGGGCCACAAGGCUUGAUCGGCAUGCCAGGAGAAGUAGGCUUUUCGGGGGAAAAAGGGGACAUUGGUCCAUUUGGACCUCCAGGAGUGCCAGGGUCACCCGGUGUGCCAGGAUUUAAGGGAGAAGAUGGAAUACCUGGUUUACCAGGAAGAAAAGGAGAGCCAGGCGCAGUGUCUGAGAAAGGUCAAAAGGGAGAACCAGGGAUGCCGGGCUUGCGUGGACCUGACGGAUUGCCUGGUCAACGUGGUUUCCAAGGUCUGAAAGGAGAUUCUGGGCAACCAGGAAGAAGCAUUGCCGGUAUUCCUGGAGAAAAGGGCGAUACUGGCCCUCCAGGACUAGAUGGUUUACCUGGAGUUAACGGAAUAAAAGGAGAUAGAGGAUUUGAUGGCAUUCCUGGCUCUAAAGGAGACAGAGGUUUCCCUGGUGAUCGCGGCCCACCAGGUAUUGAUGGCAUGGAUGGAUUUUCAGGAGAAAAAGGAGAUAAAGGUUAUCCGGGAGCGCCCGGCUUCUCAGGUGAAAAAGGAGAUAAAGGUUUUUCCGGUAUAAACGGUUAUGAUGGACCAAAAGGUGAAAGAGGUUCACCAGGACCGGUUGGUCCUGUAGGUUUCCCUGGACCUAAGGGCGAUUUUGGAGAAAGAGGUCCCCCUGGUCCAUUAAUUCAGAUGAAGGGUGAAAAAGGGGAACCUGGCCCUUCUGGUCUAAUUGGUAGAACAGGAGAGAAAGGCGACACAGGCUAUAUAGGACAACCUGGACUACCUGGAGAAAAGGGAGAUAUAGGACUUCCAGGUAUUGCAGGAAGUCCUGGACUACCUGGUAUACCCGGACCCAAAGGUGAUGCGGGAUACCCUGGAGCUGCUGGACUGCCAGGUCUUACAGUGAAAGGAGAAAAAGGUCUCCCUGGUUUCCCAGGCAAGAAUGGAAGAGAAGGAGCUCCCGGUCUUACGGGUGAAAAAGGUGAACGAGGUUUACAGGGAUUACCAGGCCAAACGGGACCUUCAGGACCUCCUGGACCUCUGGGCCUACAAGGACAAAAAGGAGAUCGCGGAUUUGAUGGUGUACCUGGACCAGUAGGUCCCGUUGGUCCUCCAGGGCUCCCUGGAAUUGAUGGAUCUGAGGGCCCCCUUGGAGAAAAAGGCGAUAGGGGUCUUCCUGGACUUAUAGGUUCACCCGGAGAAAAAGGAGAUCGAGGUUUAACAGGAGUGGCGGGAAUUCCUGGGUUACCAGGGGAAAAGGGCGAUAGAGGUUUCGAUGGGCGUCCAGGACUCCCAGGUCCUAUAGGACCUUCUGGAAUUAAAGGAGAUGAAGGAUUGACAGGAACGCCAGGACUCCCAGGUGCGCUAGGAAUGAAGGGACAAAAAGGAGAACCAGCACCACCAGGUUUUCCGGGUCCAAAAGGAGAUAGGGGUUAUCCUGGCGUUGCAGGUAUUCCAGGAGAACGAGGGUCGCCAGGAAUUGACGGCAUUCCGGGACUACCUGGACAAGUUGGUGAAAAAGGAGAUCGAGGAUUUGCGGGAAUACCAGGAAGUCCCGGCUUGGUAGGAGAGAAAGGGGACCGUGGUUUUGAAGGAGCGAUUGGUCUUCAGGGAGCUAUUGGAGAAAUUGGGCAAAAAGGAGAACCCGGUAUUCCUUGCACUAAUGUACCAGAUUAUCUGACAGGCACACUACUGGUACGGCAUAGCCAAAGCAGAGAAAUACCACAGUGCGAAAGUGGUCACAUUAGAUUGUGGGAGGGUUUCUCCCUUCUAUAUGUCGAGGGUAAUGAAAAAGCUCACGCUCAAGAUUUAGGUUUCGCCGGCUCUUGCAUCAGAAAAUUCUCCACCAUGCCAUUUGUGUUCUGUGAUUACAACAACGUGUGCCACUACGCCAGUCGCAAUGAUAAGUCUUAUUGGCUCUCAACUAGCGCAGCUAUUCCAAUGAUGCCAGUAGCCGAACAUGAAAUCGAGGAAUACAUUUCAAGAUGCGUGGUGUGCGAGGCGCCGGCAAACGUAAUCGCUGUCCACAGUCAGUCACUAACAUUACCAGAUUGUCCUUACGGCUGGAGCUCCCUCUGGAUCGGUUACAGUUUUGUCAUGCAUACGGCUGCCGGAGCAGAAGGUGGCGGUCAGUCAUUGUCCAGCCCAGGUUCCUGUCUGGAAGACUUCAGAGCAACGCCUUUCAUAGAGUGCAAUGGAGCUCAGGGUACUUGCCAUUACUUCGCCAAUACCCUAAGUUUCUGGCUGGCCACAAUCGAGACAAACCAACAGUUUGAGAAACCACAGAAGCAAACCCUAAAAGCCGGCAACGUCAGAAAUAGGAUCAGCAGAUGUCAAGUCUGCAUUAGGAACACGUAAAUUUUGUUACUUAUUUAGGCUACUUUGUUAGGAAAUCAUUUUAUAAUUUCAUGUUUGAUGUGGCAUUCGCACGAAUUCGUACCUACUCAUACCCACAACUAAAUAUUGGUGGGAAUGGCACAUCGAUAGACAAGCUGUGUUCAACCAUUAGUGUUCCUGUAUGGCGAAAGUACUUGACCAUCUAGCGUGAUACUUCUACAGAAACGGAUGACCAAGUACUUAGCAACACGCGGUCAAAACUGUAUAGUAUGCUUUGUAACUUUUUUAAUAACGCCGUGCCAUGUUUGUGUAACAAUAAAAAGCAUGUAAAGAUUUUUGUAUAGUACUUAGGGUAAGUUGUAUGUAUGUAAUGAUACCACACGAGGAAAUCCUUCUGUCGAAGCCAGUGGUGUACUCUUAGGCGGAUCACAGUUUAACAGGCCUGCUGUGAUGAUUCUUAUCAUAAGCGUAAUACUAGUUAUCUUUUAAAGAGAAUAUUUUUGUAAUUAAUAAAUUUAUGGUGCUAUCUAUUUCUAGAGUAAUUUAUGUGUUCGCUUUAAGUUUGCAGUGAUGGACUUGUCCGUAAAUUUUUACACUUUUAUACUCUUGUCUGACAUUCCUUCAUCAAAUUUCUAAUUUUUACUCUAGUCAAACCACGACAAAACGAUCCGAUACACCUUCACUGCUAUUUUUUGUUAUAAUAUCUCUCUGCUCCCAUAUUUCUUAUUAAACACUGCCAUUUGUAAAAUAAACAACACAAAAAUUAA